UGAUAUGUCACCGGUUAUAUGUCGUCCGAGUUACGUCCCCUGGAAAAUGGCUGGAAUAAACGGAAUAAACUUCCAAAGCAAAACAUCCAUCAACCAAGAAAGGGAAUACUUGCAGAAAGCGAGGGAAAAGGUUCUUGAAAAGGCAAAGGGCAAAUAUGAUAGAGAGGAGAGGCGACGAGAGGAAGCUGCAGCCCGGGGAGAGGACCGAUGGAUGCUGCCAGCCAUCACAGGCAGAAUACAAUCUGAUAGCAAGACUGCAGAAAAGGCAAAAAAGAAACAGAAGAAGGAGAAAAAGAAAUUAAAGAAAGAAAAGAAAAAAAGACAGAAAAAGAAAAAGCAUGUUUCAUCAGACAGUGGUUCAGAUUCUGAUUCGGAUUCGGAUGACCAGUGGGUCGAGAAGUCCAGUGAUGGGUCAGCUGCUCCCAGGGAGCCUGUCCGGCCAGUGCAGGGACCUACACUUCAGAGAGACAGCUGGAUGGAGGAGGCGGGGUUGUUUGACGUACCAUCAACAUCCAGGAAGGACAUCCGAAAUAAACAGAUGAAGAUCAAAGAGGAGAAGAAUGCAGAAAUUGCGAAAGAGGCAGAUGCUGCACGGCUGAAGAUAGAGUUGAACCCCUACUGGCAAAAUGGAGGAACUGGAUUACCAGAGGAAGACCCAUCCAAGUCUAAACAUAAAAGGAACCAUUCUGGGAUAGGAGAUGGAGGGUUGUCAUGGCUACGGACAUCCUUUGAGAGAUGCAAGCAGCAGGCAGCCGAGGAGGGUCGUAGUCUGGAGGAGAUGGCAGCAGAACGAUGGGGGUCUUUGAAGAAAAUUGAGAAGAUGCUUGCUGAGGCAGAGAAAAAAGAGAGGAAACAGGCUAACAGAGAAUGUUCACCUCCCAGAUGGAAGAAGAGAGAAAGGUCAAGGUCACCUACAAGAAAUAGGCAAAGGUCGUCUCGAUCUCCUCGACGUAGCAGGUCAAGGUCUCCAAAUAAGGUUAGGAAAAGAAGCUAUUCCAGAUCUCCUGAGAGACAGAGCAAUAGGUCAAGGUCACCAAGUUCAAAUUAUGAUCGAUCUCCUUCUAGAACUGAUCAUAGGAAAGACUCUGGUAGACAUUUUAUAAAACCAGGUGAUUCAACGAGGGAUAGGCAAUCUGAUAGCUCUGGGCCGAGGAGGACUUUCAUGAAACCUGGUGAGUCAAGGUCAGAUGACUCUAGGUCAAGGUCAUUCAUGAGACCUGAUGACUAUAGGUCUAGCAGUGAUGGUUCCAGGUCUAGAACAUUUAUGAGGCCUGGUGACAGAGGUGAUUCAGGGUCUAGAGACUCAAAGAGAUUUGUGCGGCCUUCAGACGAUCAGGAUGAGGAACCACAAGACAGACGUCAAUUUGUUCGACCAGCAGAUGAUAACUCACAAAGACACUUGCGCGAAUCAGACUACCGUCAAUCUUCACGCUCAGAUUAUAGAUCAAGCAAUGAUGUCCCAAGAUGGAAGAAGAAAGGCUAUGAAAAGUCUGGGGGCAUUAAAUCAUCAAGGGAAGAGGAGACAAGGUCAAGGUCACAUAGAGACUCCAGAGAUGAUAGACAUGCGAGGAAAAGGUCUCGGUCAUACUCUUCUUCCAGUACAGACAGCAGCAGCAGCAGCAGCUCCGAGUCAGAGGCAGCGCCAUCUAGUGAAGAGGAGACAACUCCAGCUGUUGAGAUCCUGUCACCGCAAGAGUUGAAUGCCCUUGGAGCCAAAAUUCUUAAAGCUGAAAUAAUGGGAAAUAAUGCUCUUGCUGAACAACUAAAAGCUAAGCUGGAUACUGCUCGCAAGGUAAUUGAGGACAAUCCUCAGCUGGCAGCCAAACGUGAGAAGCAAGGUCAAGGUGAGCCUGAGGAGGUCGUGCUGACCCGCACAACCCGAGGAGGACUAGUUCAACCUCUACCCGAUGCUAAACACGACCGAGAGACCGGAGGAAAGAGACGGAGGAAGAAGAAUGUCCAGACCCAUGGUGGUGGAGGCGAGCGAGAGCGGUACUUUGAUGAUGAUGACCAGCACAGCCUCAAGUCUCUUGUGGAGAGGGAGAAGAUGGGGACGGCGGAGGAUCAGAACGCCAUGUUUGCCAGGCUGGCAGGCAGGGCUGCUGAGAAGACAGAUGAGGACUUCCAAGUGGAUGAUGUGUUUAUUAGCAAAGCUGCACGGAAACAGUCUGAGGCUCAGAAUGAGGAGAAAGAUCGAGCCAGGUCUAUCUUGGAACAUAGGAAGAUGGCGACUGCAAUGGAGAAAUGCAGAUUCUGCUUUGACAAGGUGCCGAAACAUCUCAUUAUUGCCAUUGGUCUUAAGGCAUAUCUGUGCCUCCCGAACCACCGAUCUCUGACGCCAGGUCACUGUCUGAUUGUACCGAUGCAGCAUGUCACAGCCGGGACUGUCGUAGACGAAGAUGUGUGGCAGGAGGUGCAGACUUUCCGGAAGUGCCUGGUACGGAUGUUUGAGUCCCAGGACCAGGAUAUUGUGUUUAUGGAGACCAGCAUGCACCUGAAGUACCUCCCCCACAUGAGCAUGGAGUGCAUCCCCAUGGAGAAGGAGACGGGGGACCUGGCGCCCAUAUACUUCAAGAAAGCAAUACAAGACGCUGGCCCAGAAUGGUCAAACAACAAGAAGCUUGUCGAUCUCAGCUACAAGGAUAUCAGACACUCGAUCCCCAAGGGUUUUCCCUACUUCAGCGUGGACUUCGGGCUGCAGGGAGGGUUCGCACAUGUCAUUGAGGAUGAACAGAGUUUUCCACCCUACUUUGGUCGAGAGAUUGUUGGUGGUAUGGUUGAUGCUGAACCUGGUCUAUGGAGGAAGCCCCACAAGGAGAGCUUUGAUGUUCAAUGCAAGAAAGUUCUGGAAUUUGCUGAAUGGUGGAAACCGUUUGACUGGACACAGGACCUGCAAGCAAAGGACUGAAUCAUACACUGAGAAAAUAUCAUUGUAAAUACUGUAUUGUUUGUACAUUCUUUAAUAAAGCUAUCAUGAAGUGGC